AUGUGGAUAGUAGCAUCGAGAUAUGUAGAUGAGAAAAAGUUCACUUUUGGCUCUGGUAAACAUUACGUUCGAUCGAUCGUAUGUUCCAUUGCUUACUCUGGUCAUACUCAUUCGCUACACUUGGAGAAUGUUGAAGCAGAGACUACUGCAUCUUUAACUGAAACAUUUAGAUUACAAAAUGCGAGCGGUAGUAGAUGCGAAUAA